AUGACCUCCAGCGUCGUACGACUCGGCCAGAAGUGCCCUGCUUUCGUUUUACACCCCGGGGGCAGAUUCGAUUAUGAAGAGCGUGUUAUACCUAAUCUUCAGACGGACCGCGACGUCAUCGUCCAGGUUAUCGUGACUGGCCUUUGUGGCUCCGAUAUCCACUAUUGGCAGCAUGGCCGCAUAGGGCGGUAUGUGGUCGAAGCCCCCAUUGUCCUUGGCCAUGAAUCCGCCGGCAUUGUGGUGGAAUGCGGGAGUAAAUCGGGUUUCGCUAUCGGUGAUCGCGUAGCCCUGGAGCCAGGCAUUGCCUGCAAUACCUGCCAUCAUUGCCGCGCGGGGAGAUAUAACCUCUGUAGCGCGAUGCGUUUUGCUGCCACACCACCCUAUGAUGGGACACUGGCGACCUACUACCGUCUUCCUGCAGAAUGCUGCUACAAGCUGCCAGCACAUGUAUCCCUGCAACACGGAGCACUGGUCGAACCGCUCAGUGUGGCAGUGCACAGCUGUCGACUGGCAGGAGAUAUGCAGCAAAAGUCGGUCGUCGUCUUUGGCGCUGGCCCAGUCGGUUUGCUCUGCGCAUCCGUUUCCCGCGCAUUCGGUGCAUCGACAGUUGUGGUUGUUGACAUUAACUCCGACCGACUUAGCGUGGCACAAAAGUACGGAGCCACGCACACGUAUAAAAUGAGCAACGAAUCCCCGGAACACAAUGCUGCCAGAAUUUUGGAAGAAAUGGAGCUGGACAAUGGGGCCCACAUUGUUUUGGAUGCCACCGGCGCCGAGCCUUGUAUGAACUGUGGCAUUUCAGUUCUUGCGUCGGGUGGAACAUUUGUGCAAGUCGGCUUGGGCAAACCGAAUCCCUCACUGCCGGUCGGUCAAAUCUGUGAUAAAGAGGCCAUUUUCAGGGGGAGUUUUCGGUAUGGUCCAGGAGAUUAUCGAACAGCAAUUGGGCUGCUGUCGUCGGGUCGGGUUGUUUUAGAGGGUUUAGUUACCCACGAGUUCCCUUUCACGCAGGCGGAAGAGGCAUUCAAGAACGUCGGCAACCGACAGGGUAUCAAGACUGUCAUCUAUGGACCUGGGGCAGAUGAAAACGCAGCGAAAGCAACCUUGACCUAA